AUGCCUGUCCCCUUCGAGGCCCUCAUUCCCUAUGCCAUCAUCGUCACGAUGUUCGGCGUCACGGGCGCCGGCCUGUCUGCCAUCAAGACCGCCCAGAACGGCGGCAAGAAGGCGAGAUGGUCGUUGGAUACCUGGGAUAGAUACGAACCACUUAUACCUGCGAAUUACACGAUGAUGGACCGCGACCGCAGACUUACCGGAUGGUUACGAGGGCAAACGGAUGCCGCAGAUGCGCCCUAUGGGUUUGAGUACAACAACCCAUGGAGACAACUUCCAGGGCGGAAAGUCGAGAGGAUUAUCGAGAGAACCAGGCUCACCCACGAUAUCACGACGACCGCACCGACGACACUUACCGUUACGUUCCACGAUAUCAAUACGGCGCCUUGUUCGGACCAUACCAGCCGUGCGGGAAAACAGAACGCUUAG